GCCUUUAAGUUGCCGUCACGUCCGGCUCUCUGUCAGUCCGGAGCAAGCGAGCGAGCGAGCAAGGUAGCGGCUGUUGGACGGCAGGAGCAGGAGCAAUGCCUAAAUCAAAGGAACUUGUUUCUUCAAGCUCUUCAGGCAGUGAUUCUGACAGUGAAGUUGAAAAAAAGUUAAAGAGGAAAAAGCAAGCUGUUCCAGAGAAACCUGUGAAGAAGCAGAAGCCUGGUGAGACUUCUAGAGCUCUGGCGUCCUCCAAGCAGAGCAGCAGCAGCAGAGAUGAUAACAUGUUCCAGAUUGGAAAGAUGAGAUAUGUCAGUGUUCGGGACUUUAAAGGAAAAAUUCUAAUUGAUAUUAGAGAAUACUGGAUGGACUCAGAAGGUGAAAUGAAACCAGGGAGAAAAGGUAUUUCUUUAAACAUGGAACAGUGGAGCCAGCUGAAGGAACAGAUCUCUGACAUAGAUGAUGCAGUGAGAAAGCUGUGAAAUCUGAGCCGCAUCAAACCUGCACUGUUGUAGUUGUUUUAAUCUGUCUUUCUACAUUGGCUUUUGUUUUCUAAAUGUUGUUUUCCAAGCUGUUGUAUAUUUGGAUGGCAGAACAAUUUGUAAGACAAAUACUUUUUUUUAAUGUGCAUUAUUAAAAUGUUCUAAGUGAAGCUAAUUGUCAACUUUAUUAAAGAGGAUUGCUUUGUGCCCCCUACCUAGUGUAAAAUAAAGUCAGAUCAUUACAAUCUUAACUGUGGGAGCCUUUUUUGAUCAGAAAAACCCUAGUUACUGUUUAAGACCAAAAAAACAAAAAACCAA